AUCGAAGCUUCCUUGCUAGCUAGAGAGCUUGGUCAUAAUACUCCAAGAUUCCGCGGCUUCAUAAAUUGUCGUCCUACGAACCAUGAGAAACAAUUGAGGAUGGCAUACAUAGCGCCCAUCCAUAGGCCAAACAGUGUUCGUCAUGCCAUACGCCUCAAUCUGUUUCCGGAUGAGCCAGAGUGCCUGGUUGUAGCCAAGGCAAACCGUUUAGAAGUCUGGAAACUUGAAGACACUGGCGCUCUGGCCCAUACGGAUACUCAGUAUGUCAACGGUACCAUUUCUAUGCUGCAGCGCUUGCGACCGCGAGAUGCCGAUACAGAUCUGCUUUUCGUUGGAACCGACAGGUUCCAAUACUUCACUGUCGGCUGGGACCAAGCAAAGGGAAGGCUUGAUACAAUUGAGAUGUUCUAUGACAUGAACGAGAAGCACAUGCGGGAUUCGCAGAGCCAGGACAAGUGCAUCGUGGACCCAACUGGCCGGUUUAUGGUGGUACUACUUUGGGAAGGCGUGAUCAAUGUUCUCCGCAUGCAUACUAUCAAGAGUAAGAAACAAAAUUUGAGCUGGAUGGAUCAAGUCCGCAUAUCCGAGCUUUUUAUUAAAUGCGCGAGCUUUCUUCAUGUCGAAACCGGUCACCCCAAGAUUGCUUUUCUAUAUCAGACUCGAACAGAACACCCCGAUUGCCAUCUCGUUUCAUAUCGUUUAACGGCCAACGACAAUAACACUGAAGUGUCGAGAUUCGAGACACGAGAUCAGAUUGAUCGCAUGGAAAUUGAGGACCCAGGUUCUGCUCUAUUGAUUCCGGUUUCCAAAGGCGAGGAAGACCACAAGAGAUAUCUAAGUCGAAAUGCUGCCUCUGCACGCGCCCAACUAGGUGGCCUCAUCGUCCUUGGCGAGACGAGACUUCUCUACUAUGACGACGCCGCCAAAAAGAAAGUCGAGUCAGCUCUUCAAGAAGCAUCGAUCUUCGUCGCUUGGGCCGAGUAUGACGUCUCUCAUUAUUUUGUUGGUGACGACUAUGGUCAUCUCUGGAUGCUGGAAAUCCUCCUUGAUGGUGUGGUCGUCACAGGCAUGGAAAUGAGGAAGAUCGGUACGAUCUCGCGGCCAAGUUCUUUAGUAUAUAUGGGAAAUAGUACCCUUUUUGUCGGUUCCCACUACGGUGACUCACAAGUGUUCAGCGUCAACAUUGAUCAGGGUACAAUAAAGUUGAUACAGACUUUGCAUAAUAUUGCCCCAAUCCUUGAUAUGACCAUCAUGGACAUGGGGAAUCGAGAAGGCGAGGGUCAGACGUCGAAUGAAUACUCGUCAGGGCAAGCAAGAAUUGUCACUGGGAGUGGUGUACACAAAGAUGGUAGCCUACGGAGCGUACGAAGUGGCGUUGGCCUUGACGACAUAGGAAUACUCGACUCUAUGGAGAAUGUUCGCUCAUUGUUUUCAUUAACAUCUUACGGUGCGCCAAAGGCGGAUACUUUAAUUGUCUCACUAUUAACAGAGUCGAGAAUAUUUCUCUUCGGGUCUGCUGGUGAUAUCGAAGAAGUGGAUAACUACAAGGGGAUGGUACUCACAGAGCCAACGCUCCUGUCCCAGAAUUUAUCACAUGAUCGACUUCUCCAAGUGACACCAAGCGGUGUGCUGCUUAUCGAUCUGGAGAGUGGCGUAGCAACAUCUACCUGGCGGCCUGCUGAAGGAGAAAUCACCAAUGUAUCUGCAAAUGAUCAGUGGAUUCUUCUUUCAGUCGACGGUAGAGUGCUCAUUUCUCUCCAGAUUGGCCAGGAUCUUGUCAAGGUUGAGCAAAACCACCUUGGAGAUUCAGAUCAAGUUGCCUGUGUUCAUCUACCACCACAAUACCCUAGUAUCGGAGUCGUAGGAUUUUGGAAAUCUGGAUCUAUCUCCAUCAUCGAUGUUCAAACCUUGCAGCCUCUACAUGGAGAAAGUCUUAGGCGAAAGGAUGACAACUCCUCAGUGCCGCGUGACAUUGCUCUCGCACAAAUUCUGCCGGGAGACAAAGCCGGACCGACUUUAUUCGUAUCUAUGGAGGAUGGCUUCGUCAUAACCUUCAACGUUUCGAAGGAAGAUUUUUCUCUCUCUGGCCGCAAGAUGAUUGUUCUAGGCAUGCGACACGCGCGAUUACAGCUUCUUCCUCGAGCUAAUGGACUGUAUAAUAUCUUCUCCACAAGCGAGAUUCCCAGUCUUAUAUAUGGUUCGGAAGGUAGAAUCGUCUACUCAGCUGUGACGGCUGACGAUGCGGUUUGUAUCUGCCCUUUUGACGCCGAGGCUUUCCCAGACUCUAUUGUAGUGGCAACUGAAAGAGAAGUUAAGAUAUCGACGAUAGAUACCAUGCGCCGUACACACGUCAAUCCUCUCCCUAUGGGGGAAACAGUUCGGCGAAUAGCGUAUUCAAGAGCCGAGCGGGUCUUUGGUCUGGGCUGCUUUCAAAGAGAAGUCACGGACAACGAAGAAGUCAUCAUCAGCUCUUUCAAGCUAGUAGAUGAAGUUAUAUUCAAGCAGCUUGGCAAAGCUGUCAUUCUCGACAGCUCCCCUCGGGUUGAGAUGGUGGAAGCUGUGAUUCGUGCGGACCUGCCGGAUUCCUAUGGAGGCCGAGCGGAGCGGUUCGUCGUCGGAACCAGCUAUUUGGAUGAUGGGCAAAUCAUUACUUCGCAAAAUGAUAAACGAGGUCGAAUCUUAGUGCUUGGAAUUGAUAGUGAAAGAGAGCCAUACCUGAUUACCAGUCGACAACUCAAGGGUGCCUGCAGGGCUCUCGCGGUUAUGGGUGAUAAUAUUGUUGCUGCAUUGGCCAAGACAGUCAUCGUCUAUUCGUACUUGGAAGCGUCUACCACAUCUGCCGAGUUGAAGAAAAUCGCGUCAUAUAGACCGGCAACCUACCCGAUCGACCUAGUAGUUGAGGGGAAUACAAUAGCGGUGGCCGAUUUAAUGAAAUCCAUGAGCCUUGUUGAAUUCACUCCAGCGGCUAACGGGCAGCCAGCGAGGCUUAUGGAGGUUUCGAGGCACUACCAAUCAUUCUGGGCCACGGCAAUAUGUCACGUCGACGGUGAAACGUGGCUGGAGUCGGAUACACAAGGCAAUUUAAUGAUGUUGCGUAGGAAUACAUCGGGUGCCACGCUAGAGGAUCAGCAGAGAAUGGAUGUCAUUAGCGAGAUCAACCUUGGAGAGAUGGUGAACAAGAUGCGCAAGGUUACGGUCGACACAAGUGAGAAUGCCAUCAUCAUCCCCAAGGCAUUUGUUGGCACGGUUGAGGGAGGCGUCUAUCUCUUCGGAACGAUUUCGGAUAACAAUCAAGAUCUUCUCAUGCGAUUCCAGAAUAAGCUCGCCGACGUAGUAGAGACAACUGGCAACAUAGAAUUUUCUCGGUAUAGGUCAUUUAGGAACGAGGAACGGGAGUCAGAUGGACCGUUCCGUUUUGUUGACGGUGAAUUACUGGAGCAGUUCCUUGACUUUGACGAAAACCAACAAAGAGAAAUAUGUGAAGGGUUAGGCCCUGACGCAGAAGCUAUGAGAAACAUGGUGGAAGAGCUGAAACGCAUGCAUUGAUGUGAUAAACAUAUAGGCGCUUUGCAAGGUUGACUAUGAUUAGGUAUGAAGAUGAUUUAAGGAACGUCAAGCUUUGUUAUAGAAUCUGCUCGUUGUCCAAACAUUUGAGAUACCAAUAAGAAUCAUAUUUGGCUCAGUAGGAUCGAUUCUAAAGUAUAUCCUGCGAGAAGGGCAAUGGAGCAGAUGGUGCUGUUUGUCUUUGACAGUCCU